AUGCAUCGAGUGGGUGCGUGGUUCCAACCCAGGAAGCUUCACCACAGCGCUUCCACACAAAGUCUCGAUGCAUUGGUUGAGGCCCAGAACCUGGAGGCCGCCAUGCGGGCAGUGACAUUGAUCAUGAACGACGACGUCGAAGGCGCCGAAAGAGGUCUAGCCCAGGGAAAUUCGUCCUACCACAAACUGGGUAUGGGUGUUAUAGUCUUUCUCCGAGCUACCCUUGGAUUCGAACAAGACGUAAUCAAAGAGGCCAGCGAGAGACUUGCAGAAGCAGAAUCAACGGCCACCCUUGAUCUGUACAAGGCGCAGCGCAGUGAAAGGUACAAUGCUGGUGGGUUGUAUGCCCCAGGAAGCGAGUUCGCAUUGUGCAACGCAUUGGCACAGAUCACAAGUGCUGUGGUGGCCGUGCUCAAUGAGAGCCUGACUGAUGCUAUACGAGCCUUUUACAAGUUGCGCAAGGCUUACAUAACCCUGAACGGCCUCGUGGAGGAAGAAGAUAGAGCAAUGAAGGCAAGAGGGUUUGGAAGCCAUUCCGCUUCUAAGCACCCUUCUUCGGAGUCACUCAAAUCUUCGGGAGUAUCUUCUACAGCAUCAAAAGCUCUCCCUGGCUCUUUCGACACAAACUCCAGAUCGACGCGCUCACGUGCUCACCCCUUGUCCAGGUCUAGAACUACCGAGAACAUGUUUCAGGGGAAACCACAGAACCAAAAAACUGAUGAUGACGACGACGAAUUCUACGAUGCCGACGACGCACACAACGAAAAUCCUACUAAGACCUACACCGGUCACCUAGACACUGGGUUGCCGAAAGUCAACUCCAAACUGAAUAAUAUGUCCCUUUCUGAAGGAGAGGGUGGACAGGACACAGAUUCCAAUCAUUCUGAAGACCUUCCACCAGCAAUAAAAGUCUCAAGAAUCGACCUCCGCAGAUUCAGCCACGAUCCAGAUUCCCACAUUUUCACCAACCCCAUUGAUGUUUUUGUUCACUCUGGCGUGAAUCUUUGCUUUGGCCUACUGCUUCUGCUUAUUUCUGCCAUUCCGCCAGCUUUCUCCAAACUGCUCUACAUUAUUGGUUUCCGAGGCGAUCGCGAACGUGGUAUCAAGAUGCUUUGGCAAGCCUCGAAAUUCCACAACAUCAACGGUGCCUUGGCUGGGUUAGCGCUUUUAGGCUGGUAUAACGGUCUUGUGGGCUUCUGCGAUAUUGUUCCUGAUGCCAACCCGGAGGACCCCGACGACGUUGAAGGCUAUCCAGCUGCGCGCCUCGAGGCUCUUCUGGCAGAAAUGCGUAGCCGCUAUCCGGACUCGUUGAUGUGGCGCAUUGAAGAAGCCCGCAUGGCCUCCGCUCACAGAGACCUCGACUCCGCGAUACGACUUCUUUCUCACACAGGCAAGUCGUCCCUGCAACAAGUCGAAGCGUUGAACAUGUUCGAGAAGUCCCUUACAGCGCUCUACUGUCAUCGCUACCAACUCUGCUCCGACAGCUUCAUCGCAUGUGUGGAACUGAACUCCUGGUCCAGAGCCUUGUAUUACUACAUUGCUGGCUCUGCCCACCUGGCCAUGUAUCGCGACUUCAGAUCUGUUGGAAAAAGAGACGAAGCAGCCAAGCAGGCUAUAAUAGCUGAGAAGUACUUCAAACUUGCUCCGACCCACACGGGCAAAAAAAAGAUAAUGGCUCGUCAACUUCCCUUUGAUGUCUUCGUCGCCCGCAAGGUUACCAAAUGGACAGCUCGUGCUGAGGCAUGGAACUGCGAUUUCGUGGACGCCAUUGGUGUCUCACCCAGCGAGGAAAUGGUGUUCUUCUGGAACGGUUAUAAACGUAUGACAGCCGCACAGCUAGAGCAUUCGCUACGCAAUCUGGCGUGGAGUGAGGAUCCGGAGCAGAACAGCAAUUGGAAGAGGGAGGAAUUAGACGAACAUGCUAUCCUUGCUGUCCUGCGCGCAUCAAUCUAUCGGCAUUUACGCAAACACGACGAAGCUAAGGCGUUGCUCCAAAAGGAAGUCCUGUGCCAUGACAAAAUACUAUUCAAGGGCCAGAAUAGGGAUGACUGGACAGCACCAACUGCACAUUACGAGAUGGGCGUAAAUCUUUGGAUGCAGAGGAGUCAAUACCUACGUGAAUAUGGUGCGGGCAUGACAGAUCCGAGUACAGAUCGUGCCACGCUGGCGCAGCACUCGUCAACAGACUUAGCACCAGGGCAAGCUCGAAAUGCGAAGGAAUUACUCGACAUCGACAUCCAGAAAGAUGCAAGGUUGGUGAGCGAGUGCCGAGAGUAUAUUGAAAAGGCCAGCAAAUGGGAGAGAUAUGAUUUGGACGCGAGGGUCGGGCUGAAGAUCACGACAGCCGGAGAUGCGCUGAGGAAGUGGGAAGCUAAACAUGGGCCUCUCAAGAAAUGA